AGCUGGUGCAAAACAAGACAUCUGUCUUUGUCUGUCUGAUUUCAAAUUUUUCUUAUUUAAUGACAAUUAUCCGCUAAUUGGUCUUCCGUAAUUUGUGUUUAAGGUUAUAAUAGUAAUGUGGGUUAAAAAGCCCCUACUUGUGUUGGGUAUUGGAGUCGGCGUUGGAGUUAUAACAUGUGUUGUGUACGUAUUGCGGCGGAAAAAAAAUGACGAAAUUAUACAGACUUCCAAUAGUAAUAGAUUUCAGAGAGCUAUUAAAAUACCAAAAGGUUUCGUAGGCCUUGUUUUAGGAAGAGGUGGAGAAACAAUUAAAAAUAUUCGUGAAAAGAGCAAAGCUAGGAUAACAUUGAAUGAUGCAGAUGGUUAUACUAUUGCAACUGUGUAUGGAUCUGUAGAUCAAGUUGAAGAAGCUAUUAAUCUCAUAAAUCAAAUCAUGUCAAAUCAUCAUGCUACUGUUGUAAAAGAGAUAUCACUUACCCAAAAUAUAACAGAAUCUGUCUGGAAAAAUGUAAAUCACAUAAGGCAAAUUUGUGAUAUAACAAGAGCCACAAUAAUGUUCGAAUUCAACUCAUCUAAAUAUAAAAAUUCAGCAGUGAAAAUUGUCAUAAAGGGAAAACAAGAGGAAGUAAAUGCAGCUGUUAAUUUAAUUGAUGAAUUAGUCGCUGAAGUGGAAGUAAAUUCAUGCAAGUCUGUUCAUAUAGCAGGACGUGCAUUACCUGAAAACCUUCCUUUGCCCUCUUCGAAUAUUACAAGUAAAGCCUUACCCUGUGAAAAACUUAUCCCAAAUAGUUCGGAUGGUUUCAUAGAAGUAUUUAUAUCAGCAGUGGAAAAUCCAAGUAAAUUUUGGGUUCAACUCAGUGGAUCAAAAUCUAUACAGUUGGACAAGCUUGCCACUGAAAUGACAGAAUUUUAUAGCGAUGAAAAAAGUAAGGUCAAAUGGCAGUUAAAUACUAUCAGAGCAGGGGAUAUAGUUGCUGCAUUUUUUGCAGGAGAUAAUAGUUGGUAUCGAGCGCAGGUUGUUGAAGUUUCAAAUGGAGAAAAGGAUAACGAGAAACAGAUACAUGUUUUUUAUCUUGACUUUGGUGAUAGUGCUGUUUUGAAACCCAAUCUGAUUGCUGUGCUAAAGCCAGACUUUUUAUCUAUACCUUUCCAAGCAAUAGAGUGUUGCCUUGCUGAUGUGGAGCCAAUAAAGGAUGAAUGGUCAUUAGAAGCCUCAGAAGAAUUUGAAAAGCUUGUCUAUUUGGCUCAGUGGAAGGUGAUAAUGGCCAAACCAAUUAAUAAAGUAAAAGAAAAUGGCUUCACUUCUUCACGGGAUUCUAUUGAAUGGGUUGAACUUAUAGAUACUAAUGGUGAUAAAAACAUAAAUGUAGCUGAAGAACUUGUUUUGAAAGGCUACGCAAAAUUUAUUUAAUUGCAUAUGAAGACUAUUAAUAAUACUGCUAAAAUAUAUUUUAGUUGUCAUAGAGGACAGUUGAAGAGUUUGUAUUUUUUAGUAUGUUGAAAUUUAUUUUUAGUAGACUUUAAGAAUUUAGCAUUCACAUUUUCCUGAUAUAAAGUGCCAUCCAAAAAAUUUUUUAACUAAUUUAAUGUACAUUGCAGUCUGUAUUUUGCUUUUCUUAAAUUGUAAAAUUUCUAUUCUGUUUUAGAAUUUUCUCUCCUUAAAGCAAUGAUAUAUAGCUACAAAAUAUAUUUUGACCAUGUGUGCUUAAGAUUAAAAAAAGUCCAUGAUGAUUUUGCUUGUUACAUGUUAUUUCAUGAAAUGGAAAUAUUUAAGUAGAAGUUAGAAAUUUUGUUUGAAAUGUAUUGUUAAAUUGACUCAGACAAGAAAAAGAGUUUCUCAUCAGAAAAAUUGAUGUAAAAAUAGCUUUUUGAACAGAAUUUUAAUUCAGCUGAUAGAAAAUUCAGUUAUUUCCGAACUUUAGUGCUAUGUAUUGCAUUCGACUGAAACAUAGUCUUGUAGAUAAAAUCGGUUAAAUAACUUCUAAUAUAUAUAUAUAUAUAUAUAUACCGUAAUUUCCGAAAGAAACGCUAUGGCAUUUACGUGUUUAAAACUUAAAUUUUCAGCGGGUGCGGCGUUUAGGUGCGCUAAAAAUAAAAUAUUUCCUA